UGAAUGUACCCGCGGUCGCACUUGUUAGGGAUAGAAACGAAAAAACAUGAGAGGAAUAUAAAGCGGGGAAAGCCAAAGGAAAAUUCCCCCGUGUCCUUGUGCUGCAGAGUAGAUAAGCGACGAUGUUUUUCAUUACGCCCGACGUCAGACGUCAGAAGCGUAGCGCAAAGGGAGGUGGAAAGCACACUUGAUGGAGCUUUGAACGGGUUGUUUUAUUUUUUCUUGUUGUGUGUGUGUGUGUGUGCGAUUUGAAGUAUCUCUGUUUUAUUUUUCACGCGCUCGAAAAGCCAGCGCGUUUUCAAGGAGCCGUUUUUUCCCACCACCAGCUCUCGCGGCAGGCUUUUAUUUUAAUUUCUUCCGUUCUUUUUGCCUUUUGUUUGCUAUUUUUUUGCAUUCGGCGCUCGCUCGCUGUCCUUCAAUCGUCCUCCAGCGCGAGUCAGCGUAAUCCUAACCGUAGAGAGGCGAUAGAGAAGGAGAAAGAGAGAGAGAGAGAGAGGGAGAGGAACAUCGACUAUCCGAUGUUCGUUCGCUUAUGGGAUAAAGCACGUCACUCAAGGAGAAAGGAAAGGAAUCCUCCUUUUACCCUUCAAUACCGAUAACAGGGGGAAUGGAUCGGCGGAAGGGGCAGGGGCGUAAUGAAGAGAUGCUUUUUGUUUAGUUCCAUCGAAAGAAGAUAAUACAAAAGCCCCUUCUACUCCCCCUCCAUUUUUUCUUACUGGAAUUGACUAUUGUUAUUGUCGAGUAAGAGGUUUCCGCCAGCGCUUGGCCCGGUUGCUCACACACACACAAACAAUUCUCUCAUGCUGAAGUAUGGUGCGCUGAUGGAUAAUAGAAAAAUACCGUCUAAUAAUUGUUUGUGCUGUUAUAGUGUGAAAAGCUAAAACGAAAAAAAAAAUCACAUUUCACUUUAUAUUGUUAUUUUUUGUUCACAAAAUCUAGGUGUGAUUGUGUGAGUUUAUUUAUAUGUUACUUGUGUGAGUGUGUACGUGUUUGUGAAAAAGAGAGUUUGCGCGUGCAGUGCAAAACGAUGAAGUGAAAUAAAGUUGUUAAAUAUUAAAAAAAAAAAAACAAAAUAAAGCGUACAAAACUACAUUUUUGUAUACUGUUGUCCACUUUCUCCUCAAAACAUAUUAAACAUAAAAAUAUAUAAAAAAAGUCCUCGUAGCCUUACGGCUAGCCUAAAAGAGGUUGCAUUUUCCACACCUCCUUCCCAGGCGGCAGCUAUUUAUUUAUUCUACCCUUUAAAUGUGUUGCUAACGUGUGUGAAAGACUGCUCGCGGUGGGCGGGACGACCGGCACUAGUCGAUUGGUGUAAUAGUAGAAAAUAUAAAACAAAGAAGAAAAAUAAGAAGAAGACAACAUUACACCAACACAUUAAAAAAACUCACAAAAAAAAACUGAUUCCAAAAAACAUAAGUGACUGAGGGAAACAAACAAACAAAAUAAAAUAACACAAAUAAGAUAAUAAAAAAGAAAAAAAAAGGCAGAGAGAGAGUGAGUAAAAGGCAGCAAAUAAUCAAAGGACAAAACAAAGAAACAAAAAAAAAGUAUGACCACAAGGAAAAAGAAACGUCAGCAGGACGGCGGCGGAGGCGCAGGUGGUGGGGGAUUCCUCAAGAAGGUUUCCUCCUUGUUCAGCCUGGAUACGCUGAAUGGCGAUUCACCGUGGGAGUACGACGAGAUCACGCUGAUCCGUGGCUCGACCGGGCUCGGCUUCUCGAUCGCGGGCGGCACCGACAACCCGCACAUCAAUCUCGAUGCGUCGAUCUACAUCACCAAGGUGAUACCGGGCGGUGCGGCCCACGUCGACGGCCGGCUGCAGGUGAACGACUGCAUCGUGGCGGUGAACGAGGUGCGCGUGGUGAACGUUACGCACGGCGAAGCGGUCGAUGCGCUCAAGCAGGCGGGCGAUCGUGUAACGCUGCACAUCCGGCGCAAGCGGCCACCGGCCCAGGCCCCGAAGCUGGAGGAGAUCGAGCUGCUGAAGGGCAGCAAGGGGCUCGGCUUCUCGAUUGCGGGCGGCAUCGGCAACCAGCACAUCCCGGGCGACAACGGCAUUUACGUGACGAAGAUCAUGGAGGGCGGGGCGGCCCACAUCGACGGGCGGCUCGCGGUCGGCGACAAGCUGAUCGCGGUCCGGACGCCCGACGGCGGAGAGCGCAAUCUCGAGAACGUGGUGCACGAGGAGGCGGUCGCGACGCUCAAGGCGAUCACCAACCGGGCGACGCUGAUCGUGCAGAAGACGAACAUACUGCAGGCGCUCGCCAACUCGAUCAGCAACCUGAACUCGCUCUCGACGAACGCGAUGAACAGUGUCGGCGUCAGCAUGGUCGACCAUGCGUCGCCGGAUGCUGGUGGCGGCGGCGGCGGUGGCGAGGCCGGCGGAGGCGAUACCGAGAUGGUGGCGUCGACGGCCCGCUCCCAUUCGCCGGCGUUCGGGCUGGAGAACAGCUCGUCCCGGUACGCGUCGUCGAACGUGCUGGAGACGGGCAUGCCGAUCGGCACGCCGCGCGCCGUCAGCAGCGAGGACAUUACGCGGGUGCCGCGCACGAUCGUCAUUCGCAAGGGAGCGUCCGGGCUUGGUUUCAACAUCGUCGGCGGCGAGGAUGGACAGGGAAUCUUUGUAUCGUACGUGCUGGCCGGCGGUGCGGCCGAUCUCGGCGGCGAGCUAAAGCGUGGCGACCAGCUGCUGUCCGUCAAUGGCAUUAGCCUGUCGAAUGCGUCGCACGAGGAUGCCGCCCAAGCGCUGAAGAACGCCGGCGGCACGGUCACGUUGGUCGUGCAGUACCGGCCGGAAGACUACAACCGGUUCGAGCAGCGCAUCCAGGAGCUGAAGCAGGCGGUCGCAGCCGGUACCGGCACGCUGCUGCGCACCACCCAGAAGCGCACGCUCUACGUCCGCGCCCUGUUCGACUACGACCCGAACCGGGACGACGGGCUGCCGACGCGCGGCCUCCAGUUCCGGCACGGCGACAUACUGCACGUGACGAACGCGUCCGACGACGAAUGGUGGCAGGCGCGGCGCGUGAUCGGCGAGGACGAGGAGGAAAGCAUCGGCAUCGUGCCGUCGAAGCGGCGCUGGGAGCGCAAGCAGCGGGCCCGCGACCGCAGCGUCAAGUUCCAGGGACAUGCCGGCGCGAACAACAACAACAACAACCUGGAAAAGGUGUCGACGCUGGAUCGCAAAAAGAAAAACUUCUCCUUCUCCCGCCGGUUCCCGUUCAUGAAGAGCAAAGACGACAAGAACGAGGACGGAUCGGACCAGGAGCCCAACGGCAACCUGAGCGAUCCCAAUCACCAUGAUCCCGAGCAGCCUUUCAUGCUUUGCUACACACAAGAAGACGCGAACGCGGAAGGUGGUGGUGAAAUAAUCUACCGCGUGGAAUUACCUGACAUGGAGCAGAUAACUCUUAUCUACCUGGAGAAUAACUAUGCUGACUCGGAGGAAAACAUCCUGUCGUACGAGCCGGUGCAGCGCCUGCAGAUCAGCUACACCCGCCCGGUCAUCAUACUGGGCCCGCUGAAGGACCGCAUCAACGACGACCUGAUCUCGGAGUAUCCGAAUAAGUUCGGCUCGUGUGUGCCGCAUACAACGCGCCCGAAGCGCGACUACGAGGUGGACGGGCGGGACUACCAUUUCAUCGCGUCCCGCGAGCAGAUGGAGAAGGACAUCCAGAACCAUCUGUUCAUCGAGGCGGGCCAGUACAACGACAACCUGUACGGCACGUCGGUCGCGUCGGUGCGCGAGGUCGCCGAGAAGGGCAAGCACUGCAUCCUGGACGUGUCGGGCAACGCGAUCAAGCGGCUGCAGGUCGCCCAGCUCUACCCGAUCGCCAUCUUCAUCAAGCCGAUGUCGGUCGAAUCGAUCAUGGAGAUGAACCGGCGCAUGACGGAGGAGCAGGCGAAGAAAACCUACGAGCGGACGCUAAAGAUGGAGCACGAGUUUGGCGAAUACUUUACCGCCAUUGUGCAAGGCGACACGAUCGAGGAGAUCUACAGCAAGGUGAAGAACGUCAUCUGGUCGCAGGGCGGCCCGACGAUCUGGGUGCCGUCGAAGGAAUCUCUAUGACCGCAGGCAAGCAUCACCUGGACGCUGCCACCAAAUAUGCGCGCCCGUCCCGUGUCCCGCACCUCCUCCUCGUCGGCCACCGCCGGGCCCCAUUGACCACGAUCCGAGGCGACCACAAGGACCCCCGACCCCCCCAGCAGCAGCAGAGCGGAGGGAGCGAGAGCGCGGGUUGUGUUGUGAGGAUGGGAGUGGAUGCGCUUAACAAAACACACAGAACUACCUACUCCCCGUCCCGUCCCCUUCUCCAAAAUAUGACACUCCCUCCACCCCCACUCCCCCCCCACCCACCCCGGGAAACUGCGAAGAGCAGCGAGUCGAAGGAAGGGGAAGCAAGAAAGUAGGAAAAAACAAUUACACCCCCUCCACACACACACACAUUGAGAGCGAGACAGAGAGAGAGAGACAGAGAGAGAGAGAGAGAGCAGUAUCUCGUAGAAAAGCAAGAAAAAAAGCAAAAAAAAAAGAAAACCGGGCAACUAUUACAUAAAAAAAUCGACACACACACACAAUUGUUAAAAGAAAAUAGAUGUGACGAGCGAGCGGAGCGAAAGAGAGAGAGAGAGAGCCAGAGAGAGAGAGAGAGAGAGAGAGAGAGAGGAGAUGCGUUUUUUAUGUUUUCUUCAUACUUUCGUAAAACGUAUGGUAGGAAGCGUUUUGUCAUUUAGCACCCAUUAAAAUUAAAUUGUAUUGUAGCGAGAGAGAGUGUGAGAGAGAGAGAGAGAAAGAGAGGCAGAAAGAGGAGAGGGAAAGUGCGAGUGGCGUCUCAAUCAAACCACACUGAAAUUUGUGUGGGAGAAAGAGAGAGAGAGACAGACAGAGAGAUAGAGAGAUAGAGAUAAAGAGGGAAAGAGAAGGUUAAAGGGGUGCAAACUGUUGUUAUUUAGUGAAGGUUUUUCGGAUGAUGAAUCGAGAGGGGUGGGGGGGGGGGUGGAGGGGAAGAGGCAGUAGCUAGCAAAAAUCUUAACUACACAGUCACAGAGAGAAAGAGAGAGAGAGAGAGAUAGCGAGAAAGUGCAAGAGUUGGGUCAGCGAGUCAAAGAAACAAACAAAAAAAAAGGUGCUGAGGAAUGGGAUAAAAAAAAAACAAAAACUCCAAACAAAAAAAAAGGCAAAACGGCAAAAGUGCAGCUAUAGAGGACGGACAUAGGCAGCCUCGGAAACCCCUCCACACACACACACACACACAGAUACACACGCAGAGUAAUAAACUUGAUCGUAUUUAUAUCGAAUACUUAGACUACUUAGAAUCGGCAACUGUGCUCGCGUUGGCGUCUGUUUUCCCGCUCGGUUCGGUCACAGGAGCAGCUGCAGGAGGGAGGGGUGGGGGGGGUCGUGGCUAGCGGCAAGGGGGUUAAUUGUAUAGAAAGAAAUACAACUGUGUGUGGCUCUGUGUGUUUGUGUGUGUGUGGUUACGUUUGUUAAGGGAAAUCGGUGUUCUAUUAGAGCAAACAGAGCUCGAACCAAUUGUUUAUUCCCUUUUUUUGGAUUUCGCAACACAUACACACACACACACACAAUUUGCGCGAAUGCUCCAUCCGUUCUAUCGGUUGGGUAUGAAGCUACAGCAUAACCCAAAAAUAAAAGAAGAAGAAGAAGAAGUAGAAGCGAAAGAGAGAGAGAGCGAGAGAGAGAGAGAGAGAGAGAGAGAGAGAAGCAAAAGGUUGCAGGUUUGGGAAAAGCGCUCUAUACAUGGCAAAGGCAUCGUUUCUUAAUAGCCACGCCAUGCGGCGUAAUGCGUAUUCUUGGCAAACUAACACACACACACACACACACAAACACACCCAUUCACAACCCAUCUUUCACCGCUUCCGGUUAGGAAAUAAUGUCCGCGAAACGUUGUUGUUGCGUUCAAAAGCUGAGAGAGAGAAAGAGAGAGAGAAAGAGCAAAACAAGGAAACGCGCAAUGUGUAAUUAAUGAUUUUCCGUUUUGUUUUUAGAAAAGCAUUAUUAUUGAAUAAUAAUUUUAUUUUAACUGUAACACAGGCCAAGCAGGGCAGAGUAGAUUUUACCCAUUACGGGCUUGUGUUUGUGUGUGUGUGUGUAGGAGAUGUGCGUAUAGGCGUCCGUUUUUAUUUGCAGUUUGCCCGGCGGUCGCUGCGUUCCGUUUGCUCACCUUGGCAGCUUCUCGUUCUUUUUCUUUUUUUUUUGGUGGUGUGCCGCUAGGUGGUCAGCAAGUAGCAUAUAUUAUUAUUAUUAUUAGUACUAGCAGAAUAAAACACAAAUAAACAAACAAACACAACAAUAAGCAAGUUUGCGGAUCGAAAGCGUACGGCGGAAUCGUUCCUCACUGCCACUGGAGAGUGUUUUCCCAGUUUUCCCCGGCUCCCUCAGACUCAGCCUCCUCUCCCACACACACACACACACCCAAGGGAAUGGCGGUCGAAAAAGUAGCGCUACAGAUAUAACCAAGGUCGUGCAUGGCCAAGGCAUGUGUGUGUGUGUGUGUGUUGGGGGAAAAAAAGAUUAAAACUUUAUGCAAUGAUGCACACGAUCGAGGACAACACUCAAACAGCACAGAACUCACACACUCACACACACACACACACACACACACACACACACACACACACACACACACACACACACACACACACUUGUAUUAGCGGACAAUCAUGACAAAGUGCUGGUGGGAAGGGCGGGUUUAAAAGAAAAUAGGGAAGCAAACGGAAAUUCUGUUCUGAGCCAGCAGGGCGCUGGAAAAAAGAAAAAUGAAACGGAAAUUGUUGCACUUUUUUUGGCUGGAACGUGAAGUGAAGUUUCCUUCUCAAACAGCCAGCUUUUCAGUAUUUCGAGAUCCUUUGUGUACGUGUGUGUGUGUGUGUAGGUAACACUAAUUCGACCAAAACGUUGGACCAGAGGCACGUGGAAAGUAUCAUUUUGAACCGUUUAUCGUCGAUCCGUAGUGUAAAGAAAUAUCUUUCCACCCCACCUCACACCCUUUCCCUCUCUCCUUCUCUCUCUCUCUCUCUCUCUCUAUUUAACCCACCCCACUUUGUUCCGUCCCACCCGUCCCGCGCCGAGGGACAGUGUGCCAAAAGCUGGUAGGAGGUUGUCCUGUUCCGGUGUUUGCUUCUCCUCGCCCUGCUCGCGCCCUGUCUCGCCGUAAGCAGGGGCAGGGGCACCGUAGGUUCGUUGUUUGUUUGUGCAGCCCCUCGCUGCACUGUGCCGCUCAAACAGCUGGGCCAAACAGGGCGAAGGGUGUGGAGGUGCUAGAGAAAAAAAGAAGAAUAAUAAUGACGAAAAAAAGAAAAAAACAUAAUAAUUGUUAAAAAAGAAAAACACUACAACCCGCGCCAGCAAUGCGGCAAUCUUGGAAAAGCCCACAGUUUGUGUAUUUUUGUUUUUAAAUCGUUCCUCAUUCUCUACUAUUGUGCAAAUUACAUUGUUUAGCUUUUUGUUCUCCCCUCCGCAAGCACUCGGUGCCACAACGCUUGGCGGCUGGGUGAGCGCAAGCAGAAGAAGCAGCAAGAAAAUAAAAAGAAGAAACAAAAUGGAAAAUGAACGAAAUAAAAAGAAGAAAAAAAAAACACAUAAAAUCGGUCCCCGAGAAAAUAAAAUAAAGUCCACUAUAAAUAUAUAUAGACACACACAAACACCCACUCACACUAAUAUACAUAGAGAGCAACAAAAAGUAAAAAAAAAAACAAAUGACAAAAAUAACAAAACAGAAAAAAGGAAGAAAGCAAAACAUGAAAAAGCAAAUGCAAAUCCAACGGUUUAGGUAAGUAGGGUAAUAGUGUUUGCGUAGGUGUGUGUUUGUGCGUGUGUGUGUGUGUGCAUGUGUGUGUGUGUGUGUAACAGGGUAAGAAAUGAGGGGAAAGUAUUACCAAAUAUUUAAUUUUCCAUGCUCACGCCUCGCGCUUGAGCGUGAGAGCUGAGUAAUAAAUUAACACAAACACACACACACGCACGCACACACACGCACACAAGCACACACAGCCAGAGCAAAUGAAAAUGUCUAAAGCCCGAAGUGAAAGUUAUAUAGACCGCGAAUGUGGAAAAUUGAUCGCACUGUUGUUAAGCGAAAACUGUUGAACUUGUUUGAGAAGAAGCGACGAACGCCCCCUGAGAUUAGCACUGGCUGGUGGGCCAAAAGUUGCGCGCGCAUUAUUGUAAAACCACAACGUGGAAUGAAAAGAAAAAGAAAAAAAAAAAGAAAAAACACACAGUAGCAAAAUGCAUAAAACAAAAUCAUAGAAAAUGCUGAAAACAUAAAACGCAGUAGAUAAGAAAAUAGGCAAAUUUUCAAAGAAAAUCCAACACCCCCCCCCCCCCUCCCCAAAAGCAUUGUAGCGGACGCAGGCAACAAACAAAUGUUACAAAACAACACGCUAUUAGUAUAGUAGGAGGUUAAAAGGCAAAAAAACUGGAAUAAAUGAGUAUUAUAAUACACAACACACACACACACACAAACCCAAACAUAUGAAAUUAGGAAGCUGCCUUACAGAUAGAGUCCCACUUUUUGUAUUUAACAAAAAAAAAAACACAGCCAUUGCAUAUAAGCAAGAAACGUUUAUAAAUACCAAAAUCAGAUGAUGCAGCAGCUUGUGAGCCCAAUUAAAGGCGUUCCCAUUUGGCACACGUUUGGCAAGCUCGUUCCACUUCCCUCCACCCCCCCCACCCCUCCCAUCGGUAGGCUAAUUGCUCACAGAGUGUGGGAGAAUCGGCCCAGGUCAAAAAAGGUAGAAAAACAAGGCGAAAACCAUGUAGCGAGCAAUCACAUCUAUAAGAAAAAUAAUCUGCGAAAGGGUGCAGCAUGCUAGAGGAAGCGCUAAGCCAGCAAAUCCCUGAUGCAGGGCAAAACAUAUGCCCCCCUCCCUUCCCUCCCCCUGCUCCCACACACUGCAGGAGUAUGGAUAGUGUGGGUGGGUGUAUGUGUGUGCGCGCGUAAUGUAAAGCCCCGUAACGUUGUUUCUGCAAGUUAAUGUAGUGUACAUUAAAGUACGUCAAGAAGGGGGAAAGAGAAAAAAAAAACAAGCGACGAACCUAGUGCUGACUCGUGCAGUGGCAUAACGUUGCUAAUUGAUGCGUUUGAUAAUUUCCUAACUGUUGCGUUUCUUUAUCCGUGUGUGCGCCACGCCUUUUCGCGAACUGUUCGCAGGCAGACGACGAACUGGACGGGGUAGUUAACUAGGGAGUGUUUGUGUUUGCGCCAAUUUGCUUACCGUUUUGGUGUUGUAAACGAUUCUUUCCUUGCACGUUUGUACGUUUUUGAUUCGUUGUGAAGUGUUUGUCAAGCAAAUUAGCGCAAAUGUUUUUUUUUUUCUUAGCGAAACCAAUCCGAGCUAAAUGAGAAAACGGUUAAGCGUUUCAGCAGAGCAAGCGACGAACCCUCUUCCCACUGUGGAUUAGUUUUGCAAGUGUGUGAGUGUGUGUGUCUGCGAUACAUACGUACACACAUACACACAUAAACAUGAUAAUUAAAUGAAAAUGAUGGUGAAGAAAAACACAUAAAUACCAAAAGAAAGGGUAGGACAAAAAAUCCGUUACAGCAUUAUAUUGUUGAUUGCAAGUAGAGAUGAGAAACCAAAAUACAAGAGAGAACAAGUGAAAUGGAGAAGAAAAUAGUGAAAGGCUAGAGAAAGAGAGAAAGAGAGAGUGUGAGAGAGAGAGAGAGAGAGAGAAAGAAAAAGCGAGACAGAUAGCGAGAGAGGAGUGAAUUGGCAUCAGUCCUCGGGAAAACGUUUAGUAAUAGAAUCGCACGAACUACUACUAGCCUGGGAAGGAGCUUCAAGGGUUAAACGCGCUGCCGAAACAAACAAAAAAGUUGUGAAAAUUUCACCAAAAUUAUAAAACCCACAGUUGCGGCGUUGCGGUAGGGUGGUGGUGGUGGUACGCGGCGGAUACGCUGGUUAAAAUGUUGGAACACAUUUGUUUAUGUAUUGUAUUGCAAUAAAAAGUGACAAACACACGUUGGUGCAAACUGAA